GCUGCUGAGCUCCGGGCUCCAUCGCGUCCCCAAAGCCCGGGCCAGUCCCGCCGGGCGGCCUGCGGGGGCGGCGCAGUUGCGAAACUGAGCCACUGGUGCCCUUCCAGCUGCUGCCCUGGUUCUGGAUCCCAGUGGGAGUGAGUCUGUCUGACUACGCAGACUGCCUUCUCCAUGUCUCCAUAACCAGAGACAUGACCUGACACCUCUGAUGACCAGUCUCAGGGCCCUUGGGUGACUGACUGGCUGGUGCACCAUGGAACUUAAAGUGUGGGUGGAUGGAGUCCAGAGGAUUGUUUGCGGGGUCACUGAAGUCACAACUUGCCAGGAGGUUGUAAUAGCCUUAGCGCAAGCUAUAGGUCGCACUGGAAGGUACACUCUAAUAGAAAAAUGGAGAGAUACCGAAAGACAUUUGGCACCUCACGAAAACCCUAUCAUAUCCUUAAACAAAUGGGGGCAGUAUGCGAGUGACGUACAGCUUAUUUUACGUCGGACAGGGCCGUCUCUCAGUGAGCGACCCACCUCAGAUAGUGUGGCUCGAAUUCCUGAAAGAACUUUAUACAGGCAGAGUCUGCCCCCCUUAGCUAAACUGAGGCCUCAGAUUGACAAAUCAAUCAAGCGGAGAGAACCUAAAAGAAAGUCAUUAACAUUUACAGGAGGUGCCAAAGGAUUAAUGGAAAUUUUCGGAAAGGGUAAAGAAACUGAAUUUAAGCAAAAGGUGCUGAAUAACUGCAAAACAACAGCAGAUGAGUUAAAGAAGCUGAUCCAUUUGCAGACAGAGAAGCUUCAGUCUAUGGAGAAAGAGCUAAAAUCAAAUGAAAUAGAAAUAAGAUUUUGGGAGCAAAAAUAUAAUUCUAACCUUGAAGAGGAAAUUGUUCGCCUGGAGCAAAAGAUCAAAAGAAAUGAUGUAGAAAUUGAAGAGGAAGAAUUUUGGGAAAAUGAAUUGCAGAUUGAACAGGAAAAUGAAAAACAGCUGAAGGAUCAACUUCAAGAAAUCAGACAGAAAAUAACAGAAUGUGAGAGCAAAUUAAAGGACUAUUUGGCUCAGAUCCAGACUAUGGAAAGCGGUCUUGAGGCAGAAAAAUUGCAACGCGAAGUCCAGGAGGCACAAGUCAAUGAAGAAGAGGUUAAAGGAAAAAUCGGUAAGGUCAAAGGGGAAAUUGACAUUCAAGGCCAGCAGAGUCUGAGGCUGGAAAAUGGCAUUAAAGCUGUGGAGAGGUCUCUUGGACAAGCCACCAAGCGAUUACAGGACAAAGAACAAGAACUGGAGCAGUUGACUAAAGAGCUGCGGCAGGUCAAUCUCCAGCAGUUCAUCCAGCAGACAGGCACGAAAGUGACCGUCCUGCCGGCGGAGCCCAUCGACGUGGAGGCGUCGCAUGCUGACGUAGAAAGGGAGGCACCAUUCCAGUCGGGCUCCCUGAAGCGGCCCGGCUCGUCUCGGCAGCUCCCCAGCAACCUUCGUACCCUGCAGAAUCCCAUCUCGUCCGGCUUUAACCCUGAAGGCAUAUAUGUAUAACAGUAUCUGUCUUUCGGGAAGUGACCCAAUAAAGGUACCAGGGACAGUAGAAAUUCUUUCUUUGAUUUGUGCCAAUGAUGAACAGAGGACCCGCUUCACAAGCCACCAUGUCUUCUUUUGUCCUAAAUUCCAUGCCACUCGGAGCCAUACCCUGUGCACUGACGCUAAAGAACAAAGAAACUGUGUUUUCACACAUCGACAGUGUUGACAUUUUUAUCCAACAGCUGUAAUACAAAGCCUUCAUUUUUAUCCGUAGCAUUUUGAGAGCAUUAGGAAAGUAUUAUACCAUGUAUAUACAUAAAUAAAACCGUGACUUAAAAGAGUGAAGAGAAAUA